UUCAAUUUUGGCUGCUAUAUUUUUAAGAUUUUAACAUCCGCGAAUUUUCAACAAACAAAAAAAUCAUGAUAGUUUGAAAAUGGAGACGUUACCAAACUUUCAAAUCAGAUAUACGACUUCUUCUUAUUGUUCAAAGUUUAUAUAAUGUUUUCAUUUGCAAAGAAGUUGGUGGAUAGAUUAGAUGGUUCAGCAUCAGAUUCUAAGGCUGCUGAUUCAUAUUUUAAAAGUGCACUUCAAUUGAAUAAUAAUGGUUAUGGUUUGAGAGUAGUUCAAGUUGUUCCACAUUCAGUUGCCCAUCAACAUGGAUUUGAAGCUUGGUUCGAUUAUAUUGUUCGUAUAAACAAUCAUGAGUUGCCUAUGCUUAAUCCAUCCUUAUCUACUUAUAGUUAUAAUAUCAAUGAAGAUGGUAGUAUAAGUUAUGGUGGUGGUGCAACUCAAGGUCAAGUUGGAGCCAUCAAUUAUGAUUUAUUAUUACAAGAAAUCAAAACUAUCUUCAAUACUGAAAAACAACUUGUAUUAGACGUGUGGAGUGCUAAAGGUGGUAUUAUAAGGCAAAUUGUUUUACCACUUACAGAUUUCAAAGAAUCAACCAAUGUUUAUGAUGAAAAUACCAUCAAAUUAUUCGAUAAUAAUUUUUCAGCUUUAGGAUUAACUCUCGAAUCCCAACAUUUAACUACAUCAACAUAUGUAUGGAGGAUAUUAACUACUCAUCAAGGAUCACCUGCUUUUUCAUCUCAAUUGAUACCUCAUUCUGAUUAUAUUAUUGGUUGUGAUUCAGCAUUUCCAAAUGAUACUGAUGGAAAGGGUCUACUUGCUCAAGGUGGUGAAGCUUUACUUUCUAGAACUGUUGUCAAUUAUUACAAUCAGCAUUAUUCAUCAGCUCAAGAGGAUAAUGUUCCAAUUACUUUAUAUGUUUAUAAUCAUGAUUAUGAUAUAUUAAGGCCAGUUACAGUUAAUCUUACCAGAUCUUGGGGUACUGGACAAAAUAAAGGUAUAUUAGGAUGUGAUGUAGGAUAUGGUUUACUUCAUAGAAUCCCUGAAGUUAUUGGUAAAUUUGAUAAAGUUUCCAUAGUUGAUGAUUUAUUAUUUGAAUCAAGUCAAACUUUUGGUUAUGAAAUACCUUCUUCAACCCCAACUCCUAAUCCAAUUGAUUCAGAAAAAGUAGUAAAUCCAAUUGCUCCUCCUCCAAUUUCAGCUUCCAUACCACAUCGUCCAGCUGCUGCUCCUAAGAAAAAGAAGCAUGUUGUUGCUGCUGCUGAUGCUCUUGGUGGUCUUAAUGAUUACAUGAAUGAGGAACUUGCUAAAUCAAAAGAAUUAGAUACAAGUCUUCCAGCUUCUCUGGGUCAUGGAACACCUCCACCACCACCACCACCUACAGCUUCAAAAUAAGUAACGUAAAUAGUAUUAUAUAUCAAUAAAGACAUUUUAUAUUAUAAAUCAUAAAAGAAAUUGAAAACUUAUAACAAUAUUAAAAAUAGUAAAAAUAUAAGCAGCCCACUGCCGGAAUCGAACCGGCGAUCGCUCCAUUACGAGUGGAGCGCCUUACCACUUGGCCAAGCGGGCACUAAAAUCACAAAAUUUUGAAAAACUGCUUUUUUGUAUUGAUUUUAUCACGUGUGUUAAAUAUCACGUGGUCGUUUUUCAAAUUCAAUCAUAAAUUGUCUGAAAUUAGACUGUUUUGAUGAAAGUUAAGAUUAAACGGUAGACAUAAUAUCAUAAUAACCUCCGAAAGACUUUUUAAAUGAUUCACUAAAAAUUGAGCUACAUAAUUGAACAAUUGUAAAGGUAUCAAUUUUGACAUAAAUU